AGAUGUCAGCUCAGUCAUGUGAUCAGCUGUGUCCAUUCACAGCUGAUCACAUAAGUGCCACCUGUCAGUGCCAUGUGCCAGUGCCCAUCAGUGCCACAUAUCAGUGCCUACCAGUGCACAUCAAUGCCACAUAUCAGUGCCCAUCUGAGCUGCCCUUCAGUGUCACCCAUCAAUGCCAAUCAGUGCCACCUAACAGUGCCUGCCCAUCAGUGCAUCUUAUCAGUGCCCAUCACUACAGCCUCAUUUGCACACAUCAGUGAAGGAGAAAAAUCACUUAUUUACAAAAUUUUAUAA